CCAAUCCCAAACACUUAAUUGAGCAAUUGGGUAUUCCUCACGUGUGGGCUGAUUUGUAGUUUGAACACGUGGCUCAUUCAAAAAAGCCGGAAUAGCAGAAGAUUUUUUUUUCCUCCUUCCCCUUUCUUCUUAUUCUUAUUCUAGGCUCUAGACUUAGAGGCGGGUACCAGCCUUGUCGUGUGUGUGACAUUCUCUGUCUCUUUGCCAAAAGGGUUUGGAGGAAGACACAAAGUAGUUUCUCCUCCUUUUUUUUUUUUACCCAACCCGCCAUCGUUUGGAGAGACGAGAUUAAUAAUUGAGCAUUUAUUUAUUGCGCGACAGAGACAGCCGGGCGAGGGAGCGCAAACGCACUGUGAGGCUGCCAGUUUAAAUCUAUCUGUGGCUUGGACGACCGGGUAGCACGCCACAGCGGCUCCGUAGUAGUAAAGGCGAUUUGGGCUACUCCAAACACUGCACAUCCGUGAAAGCAGAUAACUGCCUCUCCCUCAGCGUAAAGAUUGUCUUAUUUUUCCCCCCCGGAGUAGAACAUGAAUAAGCUCUACAUUGGCAACGUGAGCGCAGAGGCGAGCGAGGAGGACUUCGAAACUAUCUUUGAGCAGUGGAAGAUUCCGCACAGUGGUCCAUUUCUUGUCAAAACUGGCUAUGCGUUUGUGGAUUGCCCGGACGAGAAGGCUGCAAUGAGGGCCAUCGAUGUUCUUUCAGGUAAAGUCGAACUUCACGGGAAAGUUCUGGAAGUGGAACACUCGGUCCCUAAACGCCAAAGGAGCUGUAAACUGCAGAUCAGGAACAUCCCGCCCCAUAUGCAGUGGGAGGUUUUGGAUAGCAUGCUGGCUCAGUAUGGUGCAGUAGAGAACUGUGAACAAGUAAACACUGAUACAGAGACUGCAGUAAUCAAUGUUAGAUAUGCAUCUAAGGACCAAGCCAGGCUGGCGAUGGAGAAACUGAAUGGAUCAAUGAUGGAGAACCAUGCCUUGAAAGUGUCCUAUAUCCCAGAUGAGACGGCUGCACCCGAAGGUCCUUCGCCGGGGGGCAGGAGGGGCUUCAACAGCCGUGGACCUCCACGCUCAGGCUCACCAGGUUUGGGCGCGCGGCCCAAAGUUCAGUCAGACAUCCCACUGCGCAUGUUGGUUCCCACGCAGUUUGUAGGCGCAAUAAUUGGCAAGGAAGGUGCCACUAUUCGUAACAUCACCAAGCAGACCCAUUCAAAGAUCGACAUCCAUAGGAAAGAAAAUGCUGGUGCAGCUGAGAAACCCAUCACAAUUCACUCGACCCCUGAAGGUUGUUCAAAGGCUUGUAGAACGAUCAUGGAGAUCAUGCAGAAGGAAGCUGUCGACACAAAGUUCACUGAGGAGAUCCCAUUGAAGAUCCUUGCACACAACAACUUUGUUGGAAGAUUGAUAGGGAAAGAAGGUCGCAACCUGAAGAAAAUUGAGCAGGAUACGGGGACCAAGAUCACAAUCUCACCUCUCCAGGACCUCACCUUGUACAACCCAGAGCGCACCAUCACAGUAAAGGGCACCAUCGACGUGUGUUCGAAGGCUGAGGAGGAGGUGAUGAAGAAGAUACGGGAAUCAUAUGAGAGCGACAUGGCUGCUAUGAAUCUCCAAUCCAACCUGAUUCCGGGCCUGAAUCUGAACGCCUUGGGCUUGUUUCCCAGCGGCGCACAAGGCAUGGGCCCUUCCAUGUCCAGUGUCCCACCGCCAGGAGCUCUGGGUGGAUGCUCGUCGUUUGGAUGCACUCCUUAUGGGGGUGAGGGGUCGUUUUUGGCUUCUGUGCUGUCGGCGAGCAGCCAGUCCCUUGCUGGACAGCCGGAGUCUGAGACGGUUCACCUCUUCAUUCCUGCACUUGCAGUCGGUGCCAUCAUUGGAAAACAGGGUCAACACAUCAAACAGCUGUCGCACUUUGCUGGAGCCUCAAUCAAGAUUGCCCCUGCAGAAGGAAUGGAUGCCAAGCAGAGGAUGGUCAUCAUUGUUGGACCACCAGAGGCUCAGUUUAAGGCUCAGUGUCGCAUUUUUGGCAAGCUGAAAGAGGAGAAUUUCUUUGGGCCCAAAGAGGAGGUGAAGUUGGAGGCUCACAUCAAGGUGCCCUCCUUUGCUGCUGGACGCGUCAUUGGGAAAGGUGGAAAAACGGUGAACGAGCUCCAGAAUCUGACUUGUGCAGAAGUGGUGGUGCCCAGGGACCAGACCCCUGAUGAGAACGAUCAGGUCAUAGUGAAGAUUAGUGGGCACUUCUUCGCCUGCCAGCUGGCCCAGAGAAAGAUUCAGGAGAUCCUGGCCCAGGUGAGGAGGCAGCAGCAGAUGAAGCCAGCACCCGGAGGCCAAUCUCCAGUGCCUCGCAGGAAGUAACGAUCCAGUAGAUCUGGAGGAAUGGUGACUGAAUCCGUCAGAAGACUUCAGACGGACGAAUGCAGAGUCGGAGGGGGAGGGAGAAGAUGGCGGUGGGUCCGAAUGCUCAUCUCAGGGGUCAGUGGUUAUCAGAACCAAAUCAAACAUCCACCCCUCCUUGCACGAUGAACUUUCAAGUGUGGCAAACAAGACCUUGCACCUCUAGUGCCACCCACUUCACGUCUCUGCAUUGUGAGAAAGUACUUUUGGGGGCUCCACCAACAUCACCUGCCCUCAGAUGUAUGCACACCUUGACUGCCCCCCCCCCCUCACGGGUGUGGUUGUUUUUUGUUUUAUUUUGUUUAUCUUUAAAAAAAAAAAAAAACACUAGAAACACAGGAAAAAAAAAGGACCCCCUCUAUCACCUCCUUGGUACUUCAAACAUGACGAGAUGUUUUGGUUGACUUCAGAUGUUUGUUUUUUUUUUUUUUCUUUUUUUUUUUCUUUAGUUUUUGGCGUUUAAUUGGUAAAACUUACUCCUGAUUUUUCUGUUGAAAGGAAAAGGCAUUGCCAGGUCCGAGUCGGACCAGGAGAGAGGUUUAUUUGGGGGGGGGGG